AUGUUAUACUGCUCACCGACCUGUCAAACAACUCUUAUCAAUCAUUGUAUCAGUUUUCUCCGCCUCCUCAACUCGAUUCAAAAUCACUCUCCAUCUUUUAUCGAUAACCAUUUUUUCUACUUUCAGCUCACCUCAAACUCUGAUCGCCAGAGUGCGAUCAACGCAACCAUGGAGAGUCUCGAAAGAAGCUUGAAUAACAUCUCAAUAGACGAUUCAUCAUGGCGUCCACACGACCAACAACAACCGCAGCAGUCUGUAUGGUCUAAUGGUGGAGUACCACACCAGCCCGGUAGAGGACCUGGUGGCGGUGCAGUCUGGGCUCCACCCGUUCCACAGUUCCAGAACAGGCCUCCGUGGCAGCAAGAGCCAAAUGAUAUGGAGCAAAACGUAAAUGAGACGUUAGGGCUCGGUGGGAUGCCACCGAGUCAGACACCACAAUGGGGAGGCAUGCCAAAUUCGGAAUACGACAACAAACAAAUUUGGGCAGACCCAGCAAGCGACGUGCAGUAUCCACCACCGCCAGCACAUGCUCCAUUCGGAGCGCUAAACGGAAUUGGCGGACCCAAUGGAGAUUGGUCAAUGGGAUCACAACCAAAUCAUCAGCCUUGGAGUAAUGGUGGGAUGGGAAAGGAAUCGGAUGAGUUCUGGAAGAAUCAACCACCACAUCAGCAACCACAAUACCCAAUGCCCCUACUGCAAGGCGCUUGGAAUCCGCGUGGUAUGAAUCACGGACCACCAGGGCAGGGUUCCCGUGGUGGACCGAUGAUGCAGCAGCAGGAUUAUCAAAGCGGAUGGGGAGGACCCAAUAAUAUGGGAGGCAACAAGCAAAUGAACCGACAAUGGGGACACGAUAACAACCGUGGAAUGCAAAUGGGACAGAGGAAUGGUCGUCCGAAUCAUAAUCAAGGAAGAUACAAUGCGAAUAUUGAUGUAUCUGUUCCACCACCGAUGGAUAUGCAUGGAGGAAUGGGUGGAAAUAUGAGGAAUAUGGGAGGACCUCCAAAUGGAAAUCAUGGAUGGAAGAAUACUGGAGGCAUGGGAGGCGGCGGCGGCGGCGGCGGCGGUGGUCGAUACGGUGGCAACAACUAUAACAAUCGUGGUGGCGGAAAUAUGGGACAUCAAGGAGGCAACCAGGGUGGCAACAACAUGUGGAAUAAUGGUGGUGGUGGUAAUGGAGGAAAUCAAGGGAGCAUGCAGCAGUAUGGAAUGGGAGAUCAAUCUGGCUCGCAGUUCUCUGUCGGUGGAGCAGCUGAUGAUCUCACACUGUCGGUCUGGCAUGAUCCUAACGGAGAGCUGAAGAAGUGGCAGAGGGAUACCGGAGUGUCGUAUUGGGGAGAUCCGGAGAAGCAGAACGACAAAACGAUCAACCUCUGGCUGGUCGCUGAGGGAGCCGAUGAAGAUUUGGAAACCGCUCUCAAUCGGUGCCCUGUUCCACAGAAGAAGGAACACGGAGGCGAGGAUACCAACCAACGCUUCCCAUUCCCAAUUCCAGCUAAACGUCCAAUCGUUGUUACCGGAUGGGGAGAGCUUCCAGAGAACGAUCCAAACAACCCGAACAAGACCGAGUCCAACAUUUUCGAGGAGACCAACCGUUGGAACGACGUGGCCACUGAGCAAAACCCAUGGUAUCUUCCAAACCACAACGCCAACAACUUCUCGGCUGACAACACGACUGGAUCGUGGGUGCAAGGAGGAACCAUCCCAAUCAACGAGCCAGGAAAUCAUAUCAACAUCCCAGAGAUGCUCAAGAAUGCUGUUGCAAAGGGAUAUUUGGAUCAGUGCGUACCAAUGUUGGCUAAUCUUCCACAGACGGUGUUAAAAUAUGUGAACAUGCUGUUGGUGAAGAUUCCAGCUUUGGAAAGUGUCGAGGAUGAGUUGAAGCAGAUUGUAGAAAGCUCACGCCCAGAUGACAGCACUGAAAUCGAUCCCCAAAACCAGCAAAAGUACAUGAACGACAGCCAGAAGCUCGAGCACAACCGUCUCAUCAUCGAAGUCACCACUGCUCGUAUCGAAGUUCAGGACUACUCCAAAAAGGUGAAUCGAGCUCUCAUUGAAGCUGGAAUUGUUCACCCACAAGAGCAACGUGCUCCAGCCGCCGCUGCCACUUCGGAAGAGUACCAUUACUCAUUCCUCGAAUAG